AUGGGAGACAUAACGGAUAAAUUGAGAGCUGCAAAAAAUAAGAGGGCAGGGCACGGAACAAAUCAUGCUUCACCCAAGAAGCCCAAGAAGGUCAAGAGCCAGGCUGCUGAAACGAUUGACUUGGAUUUGGAUGACGACGAACUAGAAUUGCUGGCGUCACAACCGAGAAGAAGCCGGAGCAAUACUACCGCAGCCGAUGAGAAAGAGCAGUCACCUGCAAAGAAACCAAGGAUAAGUGAACCUUCAUCGAACGGAUUGACUAAACCAGACGUUAGUAGGGUUAAAAAAAGCGAUUCUCCGCAAACUGUAAAAGAGCUUUUAGACUCUAUACCUUCUGUUGAUCUUGAUAAUGUUACGACGAAAGAAGCCACGCAGUUUUCAUGGAAAGGUGCAGGAGGUGAUGGUUCUGGUGCAUCCAGUGAAUUGGAGAUCCCAGAGGGUCAAGCAAACUGUUUGCUCGGGCUAACCAUUGUAUUCACAGGUACUUUGCCUAAUCUUGACAGAUCUACCUCAGAAAAUCUAGCAAAGAGAUAUGGUGCUCGUGUCACCAAAUCUAUUUCCAAGAACACAUCCGUUGUUGUGUUAGGGGAAGAAGCAGGACCUAAAAAGCUCGAGAACAUCAAGAAGUUGGGUAUAAAGGCCAUUGAUGAAGAAGGGUUCAAGAGACUAAUUGCAGGUAUGCCUGCAGGUGGUGGUGAUAACCAACAAGCAGACAAAGCUAGAAGGAAGUUACAAGAACAACAAGAACAAGCGAUGAAAGAAGCUGAACAAAUGGCGAAGGAACAAGAGGAACGUGAAAAGAAGGAUAAACUAUCGGUGGGAAAAGAUGUCAAUCUUUCAAGUAAAAGUACUGUUACUGAAGACAGUAAGUUAUGGACCACGAAAUAUGCGCCUACUGAUUUAAGACAACUUUGUGGUAAUAAAGGAGCCAUCCAAAAAUUGAAAACUUGGUUAGAGAGCUGGAGUUCUGGGAAAAAGCCUAGUAUGAGAGCAGUGAUGUUAUCAGGUCCACCAGGUAUUGGCAAGACGACAGCCGCUCAUUUAGUGGCGAAAUCUUUGGGAUAUGAUGUUUUAGAGAAAAAUGCAUCUGACGUUCGUUCCAAGGGUCUGUUGAAUGCCAGUGUCAAAUUUGCGUUGGAUCAUAAAUCAGUCAUUGGGAUGUUCAAAAGCAUAUCAGAUGACCAUUACUCUAAAAAUGGGAAACGUUUUGUAAUUAUCAUGGAUGAAGUUGAUGGUAUGAGUGGAGGUGAUAGAGGUGGUGUGGGACAGCUUGCGCAGUAUUGCAGGAAAACCAACACCCCUAUGAUUUUGAUCUGCAAUGAGCGUAACUUGCCCAAAAUGAGGCCAUUUGAUCAUUCCGUCUUGGAUAUACCUUUCAGACGACCAGAUGCACAAGCUGUUAAGGCCCGUCUUAUGACAAUUGCGAUGCGAGAAAAAUUUAAACUCGAUCCUAACGUUAUUGAUAGACUUGUUUCAGUUACUCGCGGUGAUAUGAGACAAAUAAUUAAUCUCCUAUCAACGGUUACUACAACUUCUAAGUCCAUCGGAAGCGAUAAUAUCAAAUCGCUGUCUGACAACUGGGAGAAGAACGUCGCUUUGAAAAUAUUUGAUAUCACACCCAAGCUUUUGAGUGGAGGCAUAUACACAGAAAAUGGAGCCAAGCAAUUUCCAUUAUAUAAGAAAAUGGAGUUAUAUUUUGACGACUUUGAUUUUACACCUUUGAUGAUACAGGAAAACUACACCUCAACAACACCUACUUUAUUAAGAAAGGGCCAAACACAUCUAAAUGCUGUUGCUGCUGCUGCCGAAUCUAUUUCAGAGGGAGACCUUGUCGACAAAAAAAUUCGUAGUGCCGAGCAGCAGUGGUCUCUGUUGCCUCUACAUGCUGUCUUAUCAACUGUAAGACCUGCCUCAAUGGUCGCCGGUAAUGUUACCAGAAGGAUUAAUUUCUCGGCCUUCCUAGGGCAGAACUCUAAGACGGGUAAAUUUUACAGACUUUUACAGGACAUUCAGUAUCACACAAGGUUGAGCACUUCUACGAAUAAAAUGGGAUUACGUCUACAGUAUAUGCCAACAAUGAAAAGACAUUUACUUGACCCUCUUCUUCGUGAUGGUUCUGCCGCGAUUGAGAAUGUUAUUAAUUUCAUGGACGAUUAUUACCUUUCAAAAGAUCAUUGGGACUCGAUAAUGCAAUUCUAUGUUGGUACUGAUGACACCACAGCAGCAUUAAAAUCGAUACCAUCCAGUACUAAAUCAGCUUUCACUCGGGCCUAUAAUAAUGUCUCGCACCCAACUCCUAUAAUGAAACUAGGAGUAAGCACUGGAAGGGCCACUGCUGCGGCACGUCCAGAUUUCGAGGAUGUUGUCGAUAAUGACGAUGAGGUCCCAGUAGAAGAAGAGAAUCCUAAGGACGAAGAUGAAAUCGAUUUUAAGAAAGAUAAAUUCAUCAAGCAAGUCGGUAAAAAGAAAACCAAAUCCAAAACAAAGAAAGUUUCUUCCAAGAAGUAA